CAACUCCAGUGGUACACACAACUCCCCUACGUCUUCGUUGGGAAGGAAAACGUUUGCGGAUGAAGAGAUGAAUGAUGAGUCCAGUUCAUCCUCUGCCGCGCUGCCCGCAGUUCCUCCGCCGAGCGCGAAUGAAGAGACCUCACCAACGAGCGAACACAUUAUCGCAGACGACAAUGCGCCUUCAUUCUAUUUCUCCAGAAAUCCUAGGUUGAGCGAUCUGCUUGCGGUUUUGGACAGGCUGAUAUGGAUGGAGGUUACGGUCAUGUACUUAUUGGAUAACUCGUUCAUACGAUUUGCGAUGCGAAGCAUGGUGCAAAUUGUCUACUUAAUGCCGAGGCCGAAGGGAUUCCCAGAACAAAAUGCGCCUCAGCCUUAUGUCGGCGCCAUAAUCGGUAUAAACAUCCUCUGCAUCAUGUUCCACCUCAUCAACAGCGCACCCGAAGCUGGCGAGGCAACUCGAGGCUACCUACAUGGAAGCCUGAUGCUUGACUUCGUCGGCCAGCAUGGCCCUACCUCUAAGUUGCGCCUCUUGCUUCUUGACGUCUUCAUUUUGCUGCUGCAACUGGUCGCCCUGGCUACGUUCACCGAAAAGAAAGAGCUCGACACAAAGAAAUCGUUUCACACAAGUGUCGAAGCGAACAAUCAAGAUCAUGAUUCCGAAGAAAGAGGUGAAAUUCGGGGAACGUCUACAGAAGAAUUGGAGUCCGUGGAGCUGCAAGAGAUCGGAGAAAACAGCAGCAGGACUGUCACGCGAGACUCUGAAGCUAGACCACGACAGAAAAGCAGAUUCGCCGUAUCGGAUAACAUUGCGACAGGACAAGCCCUGAUCGGGGAAUUCUACUUGUUGGACAAUGUCAGGCAGGUCUAUCGUACCUACGAGGAGCGGCGAUCGGGGCGCAGCGUAAGUGCUGUGGACCGGAACACAAGGCUUCUCGCCAUGCGUGGGAUACCCGUCCGCCUCGCACGCGAAAUGACAGCUCCUAGAAAUUCGACGUGAUGUUGCAAGCAUUUGCACUUGAGUGGGAACGGCUCCGAUUAGUGGGAUUGUUUCUGCCUGUCCUCGCGGGAAGAACGAAUUCAGACUGAUCUCAAAGUUCUGAGAUCAAAAAAAAAAUCGUCGUCAGCCUAGCCAGCGAUGUAUCCUUGUGGGAGCGGGCAUUGAUGCGUGGGUAGAGAAGACGUCAAGAAAGGCUGGCCGCGCGGCUAAUGCCACCCUCCUGGAUCGCUCGUCACCAAGGCCGUGCACCUCCGCCACUGAGAUGUGUAACAUUUGAAGCUGCAUUAAGCAAGGGAGCUGGAUGAUCACUACUAGAGCAGCGCAUCAAGGUCCUGUACCAUCAUUGUGAGCGAUUGCCGGUCAAUUCUGCUGAUUGUCCAACCACGGCAUGACAGGGUCUCGAACACGCCUCGUGAGUGACACAGGCGAUGGAGACAUCCCCGUGUUUUCGUGUAUUCAUCGACCCUCGUGUGUGGAGUCUACUCUCUGUCACGUUGACUUGAGCUACCCCGAUAUAGAGACAGGUCACAUUUUGCUGAGCGGGUUACCAAGUUCCAAGUUGGUGGGACCAACCUCGAGUGUUGCCAGGCGGAUGCAUAUCCGCGACUGCAGUCUUCAAGCCAACAAAACGGUUUUUUUAUGGUGAUAGUCCACGCUUUCACAGCAUGUGCAAUUUUGCGCUCUUUGUGCAACAUGUCGUUUUGAAUCUUGCCUAGUCCAAAAGGUUGCGAUGGUGAAUAUUACGGAUCCGGCCCCCGCAGCGUUGUGAUCAAGCGCAGUGUCUUGCUUUUGACUUGUUCGGAGAAGAAAUUGAGCCUCGACACUUUCCAGCCAACAAACGCAGUCGAAUAAACCGUGUUUCAUGCAGUGGCUUUGGACGGGCUCAGCGUACCGUCACUGAAAACCGUAAUUGGCGGGAAUGCUCGACAUCAAAAUCAGGGCGAUUUGCUUGAUUAGAUUCACACUGGCACCAAGCAAAGAACAGCUUAGCUUUCUGCACGCUGAGAUGCUUUUGGCUGCAUGGAGGAUUGCGCCGGCAUAUGCGUGCACCACACAUGAUACGCUGUCCGGAAUCUCUCUCAUUAGGAAGGUGGGCUGACAUCAAGUAGCACCGCCUGGGG